CUGAGAAAUUAACUUAGACCUGUUGCUUGGCCACACACUUGUCCGGGCCUCUCAUCUUGCAGCUAAUCCCUUUUUCGAAAUGAAAUACUUUAGUUGCUACGUAACAUUGCAUUUACUCUUUAUAGCUACAUCGGCUAGCGUAGCCGAUCUUCGUAUCCCGUUCAACAUUACUCAGGUUAGUAUAGCCAAACCAGCACGCUAUCACGCUAUUCGCCUGUUCAACAAUGAUCAUCCGAACCACCUAAGACCUUCAUUAAAAAAAUGCCCUGCGUCGAACUACAUGUUUCUGGUUAAAAUAUUUUCUACUGAAGAGCCGUACUUUUGUCCAGCAGUCUUCAUCAGUGCUGAUUCGCUGAUAGCAUCGGCACUAUGUUUGAAACAAAUGCAACCAAUAGACGAGCAUCCUUCAAAUCACAUGUUCGUAAUGGUUGAGGCGGAAAAUGUUUUCUUCUACGAAGGCGGCAGGCGAUAUGUGAGCAAGAUCUUUUUCCAUCCAAAACUGGAGGAAAAUCCUGCUUACUAUAACAUGGCUAUAUUAAAGCUGCGCAAUCCUAUUCGCGAUACAGGUUUAGUAAAUGGUCAGAGCGUUGUAGCUUGCCUUUGGUCCGAGACGAAACUACGCAGUGAUAAGUUCUAUUUAGGCGAAUGGUUCAAAUACCAGCCUGAAAGGAAUGCUGCUUUCCGUUGGCUAGAGUUACCCUUGAUUUCCACAGAAGAGUGUAGAGACGAGCUGCUGAAAUCUAAGGCAGAUGUACCCGAGCUGGAUCAAGGUAUCACAGAGUCUCAGGUGUGUGUUAAGGAUAGCAAAAAUCGAUCAAUGAUCGAAUUUUGCGAAGAGCGAUCAUCGGGUCCAUUGUUCAUGACCCUUGGGGAUACUGUAUAUCUUGUCGGUAUGCCUACAGUUCAUAUUGAUGACUGUAAUGUCCGAGUUGAGGUAUUCAAUCGUAUAUCUAUCGUACUGGACUGGAUAGAAUCUGUAGUGUGGCCACAUCUAGAGUGAAAUAAAUGGGAAAGACCUACUAGAAACAAUCGGAAAGACAGAAACAAUAGAAUAAUGAUAGAAUACCACACAAAAUAAAAUUAUUAUAUUGUGUUGUAUUGUUUUACUUCAAAAUAAUCAAAUAAUGGUCUUUUCUCUUCAUUUAAAUGACGCAUUUGACUCAUUCCUUAGACUUGGUUUUUCACGAAAAAUAGCAAAAUUGGAUUGGUGCUUAAGGUCUUGAAUAGAGGAUUAAAAAUGUAUAUCAACAUGUCUAAACAAAUUGUACGACAAGUCCCCUUCAUUGCUAUGGCAAUGUUAUUAUUAUUUAUGUGUCGUAGUAUUCGUUGCGAUGCUGCUGAAGAUAAAAUGGAAAUAUAACUAGAAAA